UCCCUCAUGUAUCAUACCCUUUUUCCGGCUGUUGGUCGGAAUGAAUUAUCAGCUGUACACAUGAAAGUGACGGUUGCUUCCGGUUGAGAAUGAUGGUGAUAUUUGGGAUAGUUUGUAAGUUGGUAUAUGGUCGUACUGUGUAGGCUUAUCAGUGGAGAGUAUUACGAAGAAGAAAUUGGCGUUUUAUUUUUUGCUCAUCAGAGAGAAGAGGCGGACAGAAUGUGGCGUUUCUCUCGUACUCUGCUCAACAGUACAGUAGGUCGUGCUACUGACCACCUGGUAAGGCGUACUGCAGGACUGAAGACAUUUCAGCAACCCAUUAAUUAUAACGAUAUUAUAAUGCCAGAACGACAAAAACUGAAGUUCAUGGACAAAGUGCCAAACCUCAAGAAACCAAAGAAAGAGCCGAAGAGGCUGUCUGAUAUCCGGGGACCAACAAGAGAGGCUAGUGAUUUUACUUUGGGCCAGUAUGGAAUUGUGGCCCUUGGUGGUGGAUAUCUACACUGGGGACACAUGGAGAUGAUGCGACUUACCAUUAACCGCCGGAUGGACUCCAAGACCACGUUUGCCUGCUGGAGAGUUGAUCCUCCAUACAAGCCAUUGACUCGCAAAGGACUAGGACAGCGUAUGGGGGGUGGGAAGGGGGCCAUUGACCAUUACGUGACUCCAGUAAAGUAUGGCCGUCUGAUAGUAGAAGUUGGAGGUUACUGUGAGCUUUCUGAGGUGGAACCUUUCCUUUCUGAAGUGGCCAAGAAGCUGCCCUUCCCAGCCAAGGUGGUGAGCCGGGAGUCCUUGGCUCAGAUGUGGCAGGAGGAGAAGGAGAAGGCAUUGAGUAACCAAAAUCCUUGGACAUUUGAAAGACUUGUCACAAUGAACAUGUUGGGCUGCAGAAAGGUGUUGAGUGCUUUUGACCUUAAACACCAUGGCAAGUUUUGGGGUAAAUUUCGACUACCUGACAGAGUGUGAACUUUUUUUUUUUUACAUUUCUGCCUUUCCAUGAGCGUGACUAAAAUCUAGUAAAUAGUUUCAUUGCUGUAACAUCUAA